CAUCGUGUACUCGAUGAAGAUCGACAGUCUUGCCUCAAAUCUCCUCGGCGCCGGCGGAUCGUCAGACGCGGCGCUCCUCUCCGUCUCCGUCCUUCUGCGACCGGUGCUUCUCUCCUUGCUCGCAGCCUCGUCGUGGUCGCGCAUCACCCUUGGCCACUCGCCUGCGCUCGGACGCUUCGAUCACCGCCUCAUCGCGGCGGCCGUGUUCGUGGCCGCUGCGCUGUCUGCGACAAUCUACGGUCUGGCUCAAGUCUCGCCGCGCACGGCGUGCGCUCUGCUCCUCGUCUUCUGGAGUGCCCUCGUGCUCAGCGCCUCGGUCGCGUUCAUCUCCUUGGGCAUCUCGGUCUGGACCGCCCGAGUGCUGGCCCGCCGUGCGCAGCAGUCGAGCGCCAGUCCUCGCGCCGCAGGCAAGCGCACGCCGUUCGACUUCCAGCCCGUCCCACGGCCGCUCGUGCUGGGCGCUUCUCAGUAUGACAAGCUCGCGUGGCCGCGCUCCGCCGGCGCAAUGACCGAGUUUGGCGCCCUCAAGGCAUCGCAGGAAGAGCUCGACACGUUCGGACGCCGCCGGUCUGAAGUCGAUGGCGGCUUUCCAAAGGCCGCGCUGCCACGGCACCAGGCGGCGACGGGACUCACGAUCAACACGCAUGGCACGGGAGCUAGCGCGGUGCCUUCGAGCAUGGACGCCUACGGCUUCGACACUGCGCGCGACGAGGCCGGGAGCCGGCAAGCUCUCCCCCACCUGCUCGUCCCAGUCGGGCCGAACAGCAUGCGUGGCUCGGCCAACUCUCGCAGGCCCAGCGGUAGCUCACGCAUACCCGUCGCUAUUUCUCAGCGCCGCGCGAGUGCCGGGGCAGGUACCCAUCCGCAAGGCGAUCAUGCAGGCGCGGCACCGACAGCUGCAACCUCGGAACUGGCGACGACGGGCUUUUACCACCAUUGGGCGGCGCAGAGCAGUGGCGAUGCGUUGCUGCCCGCAGACGAUCGUGGGGCAUUCGGACAGACGCAGCGCUCUUCGCCGCCGCCGCCCAGUCCCAGCCUCUCGGCUUUCAUCGAUGACCGUCUGCGCUCGCCGGAGAAGGGAGGCGACAUCAGCUACCUCGACCUGGACGCUUCGUACCAUCCAGUCGGCGCAACCAGGGGCCGACGCUCCGCCGGCUCAGCCAAGUCCUUCGCGGGCGCCCCGGUGCCGCACACCUACACGCAGUUCGACGGCACCUUUGGCACGAGCAGCGGCAGCCCAGAUGCGUCGCGCAGCUUGACGGCUGCAGACACGCCCGCGAGGUCUAUGACGCCAGUCUCGUUCGCUGCUCCGCCCUCGACGUCGCGCAGCGGCACACGCAGCCGGAUGCGCACGGCACUCGAGACGCACGAGCCUGGCUACGUGACUGUGCGGUCGCUGCGCAGCUUCCUGUCGGGCGGUGUGCCGCCACGCAUCGAGCAUUGCGUGCAAGGCGGCGGAGAGGAUCUUCUCGGCGCCAGCGGCGCCGUGUGGGCUGCCAUCGAGGCUGCACAUGCCGCCGAGGCACGCAUGCUGAACAAGGGUGCUGUCUCGGCUCUUCAUGCCGACGACCAGGAGCGCCUGAGCGAGGCGGAGGCUCGGCGGGCACUUGUGCGCAUCGGUGGCUAUCUGGCCGGUGUCCUACUUCCCUUCGGCCUAGCACUGCCGUACAUCGUCUUCGCGCUGAUCGAACCCGCAAGCCGACCCGCGCCGUACAUCCUCCACCUGCUACUUGCGCUGGCUGUCACACUCACGGGUCCUCUCAUCGCCCUGCAGAUGCUUCUGACCGACGGAUCAGGCUUCACGUUCGGCGACACGCUCGCCAGCUCGAUGCCGAUCUGCCCGAAGCCGACGCCGGAGUCCUUCAGCAAGCUCCGUCCGCUGCACCUCAACGCUGAACCUGCGCCGGUCGCGGGCAACGGGUUUGGCGGCUUCAACGGCUACGAUGUGCCUCUGAUGGCGGGCGCGUACCCUCCCACGCCUCUCUCAGCACGCAUGGCCCAGAUCACCGGCCCUGGCACGCCUCUCGACAACACGCGUGCUGUGGGCCGUGCAUCUCACAUCCUCGAGCAUCAGCGCCGUGCAUCAGACCCGCGGCUCGCGACGACGCGGCGACGCUCAGCACCGCUGCUGGCCGAGGCGCCCGCUGUCGGCAGUGUCGCGUAUGAGCCUCAGCACUGGCGCGCGCAGACAGUCGUGGGAGACCAGGUCGUCGAGUCCAGACCUGCGUACCGCCGCAUCGCCAGCUUGCUCUGGGCGCCGCACCCGCGGCUCGAGGUGCUGCCACCUUCUUCGCGCGGAUCCAGCCUUGGGUCGAGGCCACGAGACGACUACUGCGCCAACGCUACCGACGACGGUGCAGCGGACGAUUGGCAGCAGGCUGGCGCAGCUGGCGACUGCGCUGCGAACGACGCAAGCCCGGCGAGGGCUGUGGGCAGCACUCCUCAGCCACCUGGACGCUUCCCCGAUGACCUGAGACAGUCAGUGGCGCGCUCGCUGCGGCGGCACUCGAGCUUCCUGCUCGACGGACUCAGCGCCAUGCUGCUGCCGAAGCUCGUCCCCGGCAUUCGCAUCGGCCCCAACGUGCGCAUCGCCGACGACGAUGAGCGCACCCUCGUGGAUGAAUAUGAAGCGCAUCGUCGGCAACAAGCUGCUUCGCCCACAUGGCGUCCCUUCUCGACCGCUGAGUGUCAAGCGCUGCCGAACGACGGGCACUACGGCCCCGAUGUCCGCAGUGGCUCAGACACUUGCGACACGUACGAGCAAGCAGCGGUGGAAGGCCACUCGCGGCUCCCUACUCAGACCGCCGAUGAGCUUUCCAGCGAUUCGCUGGGCGACGACAGCUUCUCGAGCGCUCAAGACGGCAUGCAAGACGACGACGCUGAUGGCGAAGCCGACGACGAGCCCGCAGGAUACAGCGCAGCCGUGCUGUCCGAGAGCUUUCUGCGUCGUCGUGCGUCCGUGCUUCGCCUCGAGGUCUCCUCAAGCCCCUCUCCGCUGUCAGCAAGAGCUGCUUCGUCGAGCCCGCGGUCACAUUCGAGCGGAAGGGGCAGCAGUCUGAGCCUUCACUACGCCCACCCGGGCUCGUUGACAUCGCGUUUCUCGCCGGCGCGGUCGCACUCCCGCGAGAGCAGCCUGCCCGUGGCCUCCUCGCACGUGUUCAUGCCGGUCGAGCUGGUCGAUUUCACGCGGCCACCCGUCUAUGCUCUUGAGGAAUCGUCUGCACUCACGUCCAUCCGUGUCGAUCCGGUGUCGCGACCGAGGAGCGGCUGCACCACGCCCGUCGCCGAACAGCACUCGCCCUCGCAUCCCGCGAAGGGCAGCACUCCCGUACAGGAGAGCUCGACGACCCCAGAUCUCCCAGACCGCACCGCUCCUGGCGGGCUCUCUGAUGUCAAGCGCUCGCUUGCUGGUCACAUGGGCAUGGUGCGCGCAAGCCCCGCUCCCGAGUCAGCAUCGCGAUCGAAGCGCCACGACGUCUCGUGCUCCGAUGUCGCGGCCAAGCAGCAGAGACGCCGCAGUCUCGGCUCGGAGAUGGGCUUCGACCAGUUCAUCAGCGACGCGCUCGCGGGUGAGAGAUCCGCGGCCGAAAUGUCGCCCAACCGGUCCAGCGACGCCAACUCUCGACGCGAGACGGGAGCAAGCAUCCUGUCCUCGUCGUUCACGCUCGACGAGGACAUCGUCAUCUCGCCCGACAACACGUUCCGCAGCGAGGCGCACGUGGAGUCCGAGUCUGCACAUGAAGACACGCCCGACAAUGUCCUAGCCCUCGAGCGCGUCGCCGAGGACGCAGAGGCCCUCGACGCCGAGCAGCUCAUGGCUGACAUCGAGGCGUCGCUGUCCCUGUCCGGCUUCGGCGGGGUCGACGAAGGAGUCGCGACGCCGGCCGAGAUCCUCAGCGAGGAUGCAUUCGGUUCCAUCGCCAUGGAUCCGCUCACGCUGCAUCGCCACCUCUACCCUGCGCUGCCUCUUGAGACGCUCGACGAGGUGACAGAGGAUCUGACCGGCCAUGCAAGCGCCAGCUGGGACGCGCAUGUCAACGCAAGUCUGGACCAGAUCUGGCGCGGCGGCCAGCAUCAGCGCCAGCAGAGCAGUCUGAGCAGCGUGUGGACAAGCGAGCAUGCUCACGGCCCGCUCGGCGAUGCCGAUCGUUGCGUCAUCAGCGCGCCUGUCACCAGUCGAGGUAGACUCGCCUCCUCCAGCCCGCGCCGAGCAGACGCAGCUCCCGCCUCCAGCCUCACCGAAGUCUCUCAGGCCAGCAACCAGCCGCCCAGCACGCCUUCGUCGACCUCAUUUGGCUGGGCGCAUGUCGAAGAGCCGAUGCCGCGUGUCGUCGUGCCGCUCUGCGAGCUGGCACACCGGACGCGGACCAUGUCGACGAGGAGCGACAGCACCAUUGCCACUCCGGCGCGCGCCGUGGGUCUCAACACGUCCUUCUGGGCCUCGUCGCCGCCACCGCUGCCCCUGGCCGCACCGUCGCCGAUCCACGCGCGGCAAAGCGAGACGGCGGCGGCCGCUGAGCUGCCUCGGGCAGACGGCGAGGAGGCCUCAUGGGUACACGAAGACGCGCCGGAGGCUCAUCCCGGCGAGCCCUCGGUGCUUCAGCGGCAGAGCAAGCGGCGCUCGAUGAUGUCUUUCCUGUCGACGACGUCUGUCAUGACGCGGCACUCGUCGCCGGUCGGCAGCAGCAGUGCUGCGUCGAGCAAGUGGCGCUCGUCUGCUUCGCUGCUAGGCAUCCGCGACUCCCUCCCGCCGCGCACACCGUCGAGUCGCCGCACGCUGCUGCGCACCAGUCAGGCGAGCCCGGGCGCCUUGUUGACCAGCAGCGACCAGGCGUCCGCAGCCACGGUGCCAGCGUCGCCUUGGCAGGUCAUCAACGAGAGCGGCCAAGUCAAGACGCUGUCGAGUCCUGCGUUUGCGCCUGCACCUGCGGCGACGCGCUCGCCGAUCCAGCACGUUGUGGCCACGCCAGCCCGCCGCGUGCGCCGCAAGCCCGUGCCAGUCGGGCUCUCGCCCAGGACGCUGCCGGGCACGCAGGACGCGGAGGCCUGGGCGGCCUCGGUGCGAACGCGCAUCGUGGCGCUCGAGGCAGCCCGCACGGAGCGUACGCCGCGGCGAGCAGGUGCCAAGCAGGGCGCACGGCCAGCACAGCUGAAAGUCGUCGUGCUGACCGAGCGCAUGCGCUUCCGCCUCGAAGCUCCGCUGCCCAAGCUUCCCAGCGCCGCCGACGGCGGCUGGACAGACGAGGCAAGCGAGGACCAAGCGCAAGGCGAAGCCGCAAGUGCGCCAAGGCGAGUGCUGCACGAGAGCAACGGCGAGACGCCUCGUCGGUCCUCGCCACCCAGCACGCCCAAGAGGAACACGCCGCAGACUUUGCGGGCCGCGGGCGCAUCGACUCCGCAUAAGACUGCCGCGGCGGCGACCGUGUCCCCGCGCGCCAAGCGUGGCGCAGGCCGCACGCGAAGCGACCAGGAGAACAUGCCGGGGCUCGAGGCGGCCCUCUCUCGCAGCCCGCGCAAAGAGCAGCGAGGGCCGCUGGCGCGCUCGAUCGGCAGGCCGAUGCAGUCGCUGCGCUAGUGUCGUCCUAGCCAUCCCUCACCUCCAUGUGUAUACCGUUGUACCUCUGUCCGUUGCGAACGCAGAUCUGUGCCAGC